CUCCUAACGCUGACGUCGACUUCUGCAGCAAAAUGGCGUCGUUGACAGCAGUCGUGCAGACGAGCCAGCCCGGUCCUUUAUUAUCGUCCAAAAAACGGAACGGAAUGACGACCCAAAGGAGGUUCAGACUUUUGGACGCCAGUAUUAUUCUAUUCGUUUCGUUAGCUUCCAUGUUGCCGUGUGCUUUGGCUGACGGUAAAACGUUGGUUCUUCUGGACAACGUCAACAUCAGAGACACCCAUUCAAUCUUCUUCCGCAGUCUGGCAGAUCGUGGCUUUGACAUCUCAUUUAAGACGGCUGAUGAUCCCUCCCUAUCUCUGAUCAAAUAUGGCCAGUUCCUGUAUGACCAUUUAAUCAUCUUCUCGCCAUCAGUUGAGGACUUUGGAGGAAAUAUAAACGUGGAGACUAUUACAGCCUUUAUUGACGGUGGAGGCAACGUUCUGGUUGCUGCCAGUUCAGAUAUUGGUGACCCUCUGAGGGAGCUGGGCAGUGAGUGUGGCAUCGAGUUUGAUGAGGAAAAGACUGCCGUCAUCGACCAUCACAACUACGACGUGUCUGACUCUGGAGACCACACGCUGAUUGUUGCUGAUCCAGAGAUCCUGAUGAAAGCGCCAACUAUUGUCGGCAAACCCACCAACAGACCUGUUUUGUUCAAGGGUGUUGGCAUGGUGGCAGACCCAGAGAACCCUCUUGUCUUGGACAUCCUUACUGGCUCGUCUACUUCUUACUCAUUUUUCCCUGACAGACCCGUCUCUCAGUACCCCCAUGCUGUUGGCAAGAACACCCUCAUGAUCGCCGGCCUUCAGGCCAGAAACAAUGCCAGAGUGGUUUUCAGCGGCUCCCUGGAGUUCUUCAGUGAUGCUUUCUUCAACUCUGGUGUGCAGAAGGCCACGCCUGGCUCCAAGAGGCACGAGCAGACGGGGAACAUGGAGCUGGCCGAGGCGCUGUCCCGCUGGGUGUUCAAGGAGGCCGGAGUCCUCAGGGUGGGAGCGGUUACCCAUCACCCUGUUGGAGAGAUCAAUCCCCCUGCAGCAUACACGAUCACUGACCUUGUGGAGUACAGCAUUGUCAUUGAGAUGUUGUCCGAGGGCCACUGGGUUCCCUUCGACGGAGAUGACAUCCAGCUUGAGUUUGUGAGGAUCGAUCCCUUCGUCAGGACUUAUCUCAAGAAAAAGGGAGAUAAAUAUAGUGUCCAGUUCACGCUGCCGGAUGUGUACGGAGUCUUCCAGUUCAAGGUGGACUACAACCGACUGGGAUACACACAUCUCUACUCCACCACUCAGGUAUCGGUGCGUCCCCUGCAGCACACUCAGUACGAGCGCUUCAUCCCCUCAGCCUUCCCGUACUAUGCCAGCGUCUUCUCCAUGAUGGCAGGACUCUUUGUCUUCAGCAUAGUCUUCCUGCACAUGAAAGAGAAGGAGAAGUCAGACUAAUGCAGAGAGACCGCCGGGGAAGGGAUAACAAGAUGAUAGAAUUAAACUUGUGGUGUGAAGAGUUGAAAUUGAAUGUCUCGGUGGCUUGAAUCUCUUCACGCAGGGACUUGGACUGCAGUCCUCUGUAAAAAAAAAAAAUACAGUUUCUGUUCGGUUAUUGGGUUUCUCAACUAAUCUGGGACUGGAGGCCAAAAGGUGUGACCGUAAUGCGGUGGUUGGGGUUUGUUUUGGCUUCUUUUUUUUGUACUCUGAAAUCAUUGAAAGGCUUAUAAAUGUCCUGCAGUCAGUCAACGUUUGUAUAAAGUUGCUUUACAUUUGAUAAAUGAUCUCUUAAGUAGAGCACAUGCCUUGGAACCUGAGAGAUAUCCAUAAUACAAUUUGAUCCACAUGUUCUCAACCAAGAAAAUCUGUGGUAACUAUAUGCACUGAAUAUACCAACUGCUAAUUUGUUUUUGAUAAGUGUUUCCAAAAAAGUUGGAGUCAUCUUAACAAUAAAAUAUUGACAUUCCACUCAGAA